GCCAGCAUGUCAACAGUUCAGACCAUACGGCUAAUGGUAUUUAUUCUGACAGUUAUUAAUUUUCAAUUCUUUAAAUGUUAAAAGUUUUAAUUUGUACAGUCAUUACAAUGAGACAUCCAAUCAGAUUGAAUUUGGACAUCAAGUUGACAAUUCUACAUCUACCAUUCAAGGUCUCUAGAUCUAAACAAUGGGUUCUAUUAAGGUUCCACGACUAGAUUUGGAGGAUUUUUGACAUCAAGUUGACAAUUCUACAUCUACCAUUCAGCGUCUCUAGAUCUAAACAAUGGGUUCUAUUAAGGUUCCACGACUAGAUUUGGAGGAUUUUGGACAUCAAGUUGACAAUUCUACAUCUACCAUUCAGCGUCUCUAUCAACUGUACUGUGAUCCUGUAUUAAGUGACUUACAGCUUAUUGUGGGCCAGAAAUCAUAUUUUGCCCAUAAAUUAAUUUUGAGUAUAAGUAGCGAUGUUUUUAAGACAAUGCUGACAAGUCCUACUUGGCCAGAAGCAUAUACUGAUAAAAUUUAUUUGGAAGAGGAACCUCAUUGUGGACUUGUUUUUGAAGAUUUUCUACAGUAUUUGUACACAGGAAAGGUUCAUCUGAGUCAUACAAGCGUUUUACCGGUAAUAAUUCUGGCCGAUAAAUAUAACAUUAGUGACUUAUCAGCCGUUUGUGUAGAAUACAUGUGUAAUCAUUUAACUGCACCGAGGACAGAAAGUUGUGUGUUAUCUUGGCUGAAUUACUCUGUCAUGUGUAACCAUAGAAACUUGGAGAAAGUAUGUGAAAGUUAUAUCACAGCAAAUUUUCAGUAUGUCAUGGAAACUGAUGAGUUUUUAACAAUAUCUUUCGAUUUGUUAUUAAAGUUUUUGAAAUCAUCAGACAUUGUUAUAACAAGUGAAAUAUCCCUAUACCAGUAUGCCAUGAAAUGGGCGGAGAAGAAUAUUCUACCUUCCAUCAAACCAGAGACUUAUUUACCUGAAAACCUGAGCUUGUUGAUGCAAAUAGUUUUAUCAAUAAGGCAAUGUCUUAUGUCAAGGGAAGAUUUGUUAUUAUUUCAGAGUGGUACGAAGCAGAUAGCUGAAUAUUUACAUAAAGUAACGGGAGUUAGCUGCUUUCCAGAAAUAAAAAGCGAGCAAUACCAAAAUUUAAAAUCACCCCUGUCUGCGUUGAUUAAAACAACAGGGAGCAAUACUUCUCCAAGGAUAUAUACUUGUGAUGCAUGGUGUACUGAAAUUAGCGUACCAAAUGUUAAUGAGGUUCAACCAGGGGAAAUAUUGGGAGCAUUCUACUCUACGCCAAGUUCUUUUAAAGCUGACAGUGAUGAAAGCUGGGAUUGGCAUAUUGAUCUUUAUCCUAGGGGUGUUUUAUUUCGUGGUUGCAUGAUGAUUGGUCACUAUGGUAACCACAGUAUUGAUGAGGUGAUCUAUGAACGAGUCCGUCUGGCUAUUUCAUCAAAUUCAUCUGAUUGCAGAUCUGUAAAAGUGACCGUCUUAGUUUAUGGACUUCAGAAUGGUGUUGAAUAUGUUGUAAAGGCAAUAACAAAAACAUGCCUUUUCACUUCAGAACAUGUAAUCCAUCAUGUCAAUGACCUUGUGGCUUUCAGUGACCUUGAAUCUAAACAGUCUCCAUUUCUCUUGGGUGAAGAUCAUAAUGAAUUUAAAAUCAAAAUAAUCAUCAGGCCUUUUAGUUCUCUAAUUGCAUGAAAUAAACAUGAUAAGUGGCACAUGUGUAUUACAAUUUAGCGGUUUAACACACAGUUACAAGUAUGUUAACUUACAAUACUGUUUAGUUUAAUUAAUGAUGUUAUUUUUUGGAGGAUGUUAAGUUGCCAUAUUUGUAUAAUUAACAGUUGUGCAUGUAAUAGUUUUAAGUUUUAUAUUUGUUAUAUUGUUUCUUAACCAUGUUUACCAGAGCAUUUGUUAACAUUGUAUUAUAACAGAGGCACAAUUAAUUGUUGUUUACCAGAGCAUUUGUUAACAUUGUAUUAUAACAGAGGCACAAUUAAUUGUUGUUUACCAUGUUUACCAGAGCAUUUGUUAACAUUGUAUUAUAACAGAGGCACAAUUAAUUGUUGUUUACCAUGUUUACCAGAGCAUUUAACAUUGUAUUAUAACAGAGGCACAAUUAAUUGUUGUUUACCAGAGCAUUUGUUUAUAUAUUAUAUCUUAUUAUUUUUAGAUUACAUCUGAUCUUCAGUUAAGUCCAUGUUUAUUACUAUGUCAGAUUUAUUUGUAUGUUACUUUUAUACUUGUUUAUGAUGUUAUAUAUAAAUACAUUUAGUUUGCAUGAAUGAAAAAGAUAUCAGCAGGGACAGUGGAAAAUGUAAUUCAAACUUUCAUAUCUGUAUAGAGCAAUCAUGUAUUGUUUGACAUAAAUUUUAUUGUACCCUUGGCGAGCAGGAAAUCUUUCAUCAAUGUCUAAUAUUGAAUAGUGUUAAAUGUACAUGUAUGCUCUGUCAUUGCUUGUAAGGCAUAUCAUGGGACUUUGUUUUUCACUUAUCAGAUGUCAUUUUCCUUAACAGAAGUAUUUGAGCACUACCGUGAUUAAACAUGUUAUAGGGCCAGUAUUAUUUAAGUUAGUGUUUGCUAUGGUUAUAUUUUUGUUGAAUUGCUUGUUAUUAGAAGAUUGUGCUUUCUAAAAAAAGCAUGUAGGGCAGCAAUGGGAUUAAAUGUAUGAGAAAAUGAGCUUAUUUUUGUUUUGGCUGAAAUGAAGGUCAUAGGAUUAGUACAUGUAUGUGGGACAUUGCAGGAAUACUUAUUCUGUGGCAGUGAGAACAGAUUUGACAAUUUUAAACAUGUUGUUACUUGUUUCAAGCUUUAUAUUUCAGAAGGUAGAAGACCUAAAUGCUUCUCAUCGCUCAUGUUACAAAAUUUAGUUUUGUCCUAGUCUGUUUUCAUUGACCUCAUUUUCAUGAUUCAGCAACUGAUUUGAAAAACCUUUUUUUUAACGUCUUGUAAGUUUCUCAUUAUAAUAAGAAUAAAAAGGAUAGUUUAUUUGGUAUAUGAAAUACUUUUAAGGUUGACAUGGUUCACAUGUCCUUGACCUCAUUUCCUGGAUUACUUUAUCCAGCUGAAGAUCAUCAGUAGAUAAUUUUUCAGAUACAAUAAGCAGUUCAUAAUAAAAAAGAAGAUGUGCUUUGAUUUCAAGCAAGACAACUUUCCACAAGAGAUACAUGUACAUGUAGGUCAAUUAUAUUUAUUUUAUGCAAUAAAGGUAAGGUGUACAGGUCACUCUGGCAGUAAUAAUCUGACCUUGACCUCAUCUUUGUGGUUAAUUGAUCAUUGUCAAGUUUCAUUAUUAUGUCUGUUUGAUAGACACUGUACUAUGUUUGCAAUAUGUUAUUAUAGGUUCACAAUGCAUGCAAUGUGUUGUGUUUAGAAUGAUUUUAAGGUUUUCAUCUGACUAAAUGGACUUUUGCCUCAUUGACAUGGAUCAUUGAUAUUGUUAAGUUAUUGUUAUACUGGUUCAGUUGUUGGGGAAAAUCAUUUUCUUAAAGACUUUUAACUUAAACUCAACUAUAUAUGAUCUCAUGAUCAUUGAUUUGUUACAAGGAAAUAAUUUUCAAUAUUUAAUAAAAAGGAGAAGAGAGCUUUUCUUGCACUUUUUAGUACACUUUAUCAGGUUUAUACUAAACUAGAAAAAUACACUAUUGUUGAACUAUUCAAUGUUUAUAUAUUUGUGUAUGAUAUAUAUGGUAUAUAAUGUAACUCUUGUAAAGUUAUAUCAUUGUAAUUGAAUGAAUUAGAAAUAAUUCUCCAUGGUUAUGAGAAUCAGAAAAUGGUGUAAAACAUUGCAAAAAAAUAUUGAUGAAUGAUGCAUGAAAAAAUCAUUUUGUUCCCUGCAUGUAGAAAUAUAUUCUGACACAUGCAUAUAUACAUGUUAGAGUGCAUGAGGCAGUUUACUGUAAAGAAUAUUUGACAAGGGGAGGUAAUUUGUGUUGUAAAUAAAACAAAAUAUUGCAUGUAUUUUUUAUGCAUCUGAUGAUUGAUGGAAAAAUUGUAAGAUUAUUUAAUAAUUGCAGUAUAUGCUGUACACUUAUGAUAUGAGAAGAAUUUUAUAUGGGAGUUAAGAUAAAUGAAGUUUUUGCUUUGUUACAAUUAAAAAAGAAAGCAGUAUUAAAUAAUAUCAAUUUUGUUAUAUUUAAAAAGGGUGUGAGAGCAUUUAUUUUUCCUUUUUGUUUCAGAUGUGAUAAUAUUAUGAAUAGUUUUUGAUCAUUUGAAAUUUAAAAAAAUAUUAAAACAGUUGAACAAUUUUUUUGGGGGAGGGAGGAUUGUAAGUUGGUGUUCUUUGUGUUAUCGUUGCAUGUCAACAGAAUUAACAAUAUCUCUAGAAAUUAUAAGUGUAACUGUAAAUUAAUCUCCAUCUUAGAUUUUUAAAAAGAAAAAAGCUAGCUAUAGAUCAGAUGUUAUUUUUUUGGUUUAAUAUAUUUAAAACUAUUUGAAUUUUGAAACAUUGUUAUUAUAUUGCCUGACAGUUCUAUGUUUAGUUAUUAUAUUACCUGACAGGUCUAUGUUCUAUGUUUAGUUAUUAUAUUACCUGACAGUUCUAUGUUUA